AUGGUCGGCAAACUCUCUCUCGGCGACUCCCUCAGUCUUCAAGAAGCUGGUAUGAUCGGGCUUCCCGACUAUGUCCCUUAUCACGUGGAUGCCGACAUACUUGAAGGCCUCAAUACCACCUUCCAGUCUCUUGUCAACAGCCCCUUCAAUUGUGUUCCAUAUCUUGUCGGCAAAUACUUGGACCUUGGGUUAAAUCAUCAACCUGAGGUUAGCCUGGCCGAGUGGUUGGCCGCUAAACCCAACCUGGAGUGUUUUCCUCGCGCUUGGUGCGAUUCGGACAAGGAUUGCUUGGUUGGCAAUCUUGAUGACCUUAUCGACAAUGAAGCCGAGGAAGACGACACGGAUAUGCAAGUGGACAAGGAUGAAGAUGUCAAGGGUUUCGACGAUCAUGGCGAAGAUGUUCAUUCGGAAUCGGAUAUCCUGAUCGAAGGAUCCAUCGGGCAUUUCUUCAUGAACAGCAAAAGGUACCCCAAAUUGCCAAUGCAAGAAGCAUGGUUUUACCGAAUGUCUUUGGCAAUUCACUACAGCUGCCUGUAUGAAUUGCCGAGAUCGCAAGGUUUUGACUUGGAGACCGGUCAAUUCAAAACUCCUCCCUCGGCAAUUCCAAGUACCCCAGCAUCGACGACCUCAGUAUUGCCGCCACCUUCAACCGCUACUCAAGCUUCGCAUUUGUCGUGUCAAAGUAUGCCGAGCCGCGACGCAGUGGCUGAUGAAGACAUGCCUCAAGCAUUGAGCAUGCUUUGUUGGCAAGUCACUGGACAGCUUGAGGUGUCUGGUAGCGGGGCUUCAGGUAGCCAGGCUGGUCCUGGGCCUUCUACUGAGCGAAACCUGAACCUUCAAAUCCUCAGGGUUCUUGACCAAAUGGAUCUGCGCCUUCAGCGCCUGGAGGCCGCGGGUACUCAACCUGCAAGACACGUUCAGAAGGGAAAGAAAUCGAAGGGGAAAGGAAAAGGCAAGGAGCGUGCUCGUGACAACAUGGACGAAUACGAGUAG